CGUACUGGGCCCCUUCAUUCGUUGCCCUCCUAUCCAUCGAAGAGAAGCGUGUCCGCUGCUCAAGCGACGGCGCUCGCUAGGUGACCGAUCCAUCACACUCUCUCUCUCUCUCUCUCUCUCUCUCUCCCUGCUCUUUUUCCGAGACGCAAACAGCUCGUUUCUCUGCCGGCGAUGGCAGGGCGAGCCGCAAGGCUGGUCAUGGUGGCGUCCUUCUUGGCCGGGCUGGCGAGCUGGUACUACGCAGUGUACAUCAGGCCGCCGGCGCCCACGCCGUGCGGAUCGGAAGGCGGGCCGCCGGUGACCGCCACGCGGAUCCGGCUCCGGGACGGGCGGUUCUUGGCCUACUCGGAGACGGGGGUGGCGAGGGGGACCGCUGCGUACAAGAUCGUUUUAGCCCAUGGGUUCGGAGGGUCCAGGCUCGACGCCCCUCGCGUCUCUCCGGGACUGUUAGAAGAACUGCGUAUUUAUAUGGUGGGUUACGAUCGAGCUGGUUUGGGAGAAAGUGAUCCUAAUCCGAAUCGCUCAUUGAGGAGCGAAGCAUCAGACAUCACAGAGCUGGCAGAUGCUUUGGAGUUGGGCCCUCGGUUUUACUUGGUUGGCUUCUCCUUGGGUGGUCAUGCUGUUUGGGCAUCAAUCAAGUACAUUCCAGGAAGACUUGCUGGAGCAGCACUUAUGGCACCUGUUAUAAACUACAGAUGGCCUGGGUUCCCAAGCAAUCUGUCAAAUGAGGCUUACAAAAAACAACAGCUUGGAGAUCAAUGGGCGCUAAGAGUUGCAUACUACGCCCCAUGGUUGCUUCACUGGUGGAUGAACCAGCCAUGGUUACCCCAAUCCACUGUCAUCAAAGGCACGACUCAUCUGCCCAACCGCUUGGAUGAACAAAUUCAUCAAUAUGCCAUCGCCAACAAACUAUUCGAAGAGAGGAGGAAGCUAGCCACUCAACAAGGCGUUCAAGAGUCAUUUUAUAGGGACAUGGCGGUUAUGUUUGGCAAGUGGGAAUUUGAUCCAAUGGAGCUCUCACAACCACCGUUUCCAGUUCAUAUAUGGCAAGGUGACGAAGACGGAUUGGUGCCGGUGACACUGCAACGAUACAUCAGCAGUCGUCUCAGUUGGAUCGAGUACCAUGAAUUGGAGGCCACAGGACACUAUCUCGCAGCUGUGGAGGGAUUGGGCGAUGUGAUGCUUAAGGCCUUGCUGGUGGAAUCAUUUGCGAGGUGAGGGCUUCUUUAGUCUCUACUUAUAGCUUUUAAAACUGGCAUCAUAUUUGGCUCCGAUAAGUUGCGACCUGGGUAUUAUAUAUGCCUGUUGUUUGUAUCUGCAAUGUAUCAGAAGUUUGGUCUAGAGUAACUUGUAUUAAGCAUCAACAUAAAUUUAUGUCGUCGUAUGUUAAAUCAUUGUUUCAAAAAUUGCAUUA